AAGGAAUAGGAAUUUAUUUACACUGACGAAAAGUAGAAAUCCGUCUUCAAACGGCAAAACUUUUUUUGGUUGGAUAAAUACUAAAUUAUUCGUGUUAUUAUUAUUAUUACUACUAUUCGUACAAAUACAAGUAAAUUAUAAAUUCACGGUUAGUUAUAUAAUAUUUGAGCUCAGUCAAGUUUUAAACUUCAAACUUCCAAAAUAGAAUACGUUUUUAAACAAGGUUUAAUCAAAGAAGUAUUUGAUAAACAUAAACAUACGUAAUAAUAAUUGAUAAUACAUAUAAAUAAUAAUAAAUCCAAUAAAAACGAGGGUGAGGACGAAAUUAAAUUAAAGGAAAGUGUCAAAGAGACUGAUGGGACUUUUAUAAGAACAGGUAGCUUACUCAUUCUUUUUGAAGUUAAUGCAGUCUUUGGAGCCUUACUUAAUUAUUCUAAAGGAAAUGAAAUCAUCGGGGAAUUCUCAGUAAUAAACUGCAAAGUCGCAAUUGUCCUCCGUAGAAAAUUAUCAGAAUCUGAGAAUCUGUGCAAUCAAAAUUCUAGGGCAAUAAUAAUAAAUCAAAAAAAAAAACAUCUGUGGUUACUGUGUAAUCACGAUUUGAUGAAGACAAGAAACUGAAUUAAAAAAAAUUAAUCUUCUCUGACUGGGAGAUUCGAGACUGAAAUCAAAAUCACAGACUAUAGCAGAUUAGCAGUGAUAGGAAGACCACUAGACCAGUGAAAAUAACGCGUCUCACAAAAUGCCUCCAAAGAAAGCUGGGGCUCAGAAUGGGAAACCAUAUGCCAAAGCAGCACCGAUUCCCAAUGGAGAGCUACUGAAUGAUCUUUCAAACCAAAAAUGGCGAGUUGGGAAAGCGAUCGGUUCUGGUGGGUUUGGGGAAAUUUAUCUUGCAAGUGAUGACAUCAAUAAAUCUGUGACUGAUAAGGCAAACUUCGUUGUGAAAAUUGAACCCCAUUCGAAUGGACCCUUAUUCGUCGAAAUAGCAUUUUACAUCCGAACUGCAAAAUUUCCCAUGAUUACAGAAUGGAAGCAACAGAAAAAGGUCGAGUCGCUUGGAAUGCCGCACUAUGUUGCUUCAGGGUCACACGAACACAAUUCUCAGAAAUUCCGGUUUUUAGUAUUACCAAGACUUGGUCAAGAUCUGUACAAAGUCAUAUCAGAAAAACCAGGAAAACGGUUCAAUCAUAAAACCAUUUUUGCGAUUGCGUUGCAAAUUAUGGAUAUUUACGAAUAUAUUCACUCCAAGGAGUUUGUUCAUGCUGACGUCAAAGCCUCCAACCUUGCACUAGAAUUGCACCAAACUUCCAAAAAGAAGCAACAAAUUUUCCUUUUAGAUUUUGGACUGGCGUUGAAAUACGUUGAUGCAAACGGUCAGCACUAUAAAUAUGCACCAGACGCUCGAAAGGCGCACAACGGUACUCUAGAAUAUGCCGCACGAGAUGCUCAUAUUGGUGCAUUCGCACGUCGUGGGGACUUGGAAGUGUUAGGUUAUAAUAUGCUCGAGUGGUUAACUGGAAAGCUACCCUGGACUCGAGACGCAACUCCGGAAGUGGUUCAUAAGCAAAAAUUGGCAUUUAUGGCAGAUCUUAACUUAAAAAAGAUUUAUCCUACAGAAAUUCAAGGUCUCGAUGUUGUUGAAAAGUUUUUGAAAUACAUUGCAAAACUUGAGUUUGAGGCUGAACCAAAUUAUUCACAUUGCCGAGAGAUACUUCGCAAGGGUUUACCAUCGCCAUCUAAGGGUUCCCUGUUUUUGGACGAAGUGGCUUCCGGUCUAAGUCCAGUUAAGAGCAAAAAGACAGCAACUAAGCGGCGCUCCCUUGACGUUGCUGAUGCAGUUAGCAAAAAAAUUUGUGUUCCCGUUGCUGCCGAUAUCGAAGAAUUUAACCCGAAAAGGUCGACGAGAACAACGAAGAAGGUGAAAGACUUCAAUUGGGCUCGAGUUUUAUCAACAGACCCAGAAAAGCUCGUCCGUGCUGCAUCAUCCUUGUCGCAACAAGCAGGUGGAAGUAAAGAGGAUGUGAAUGGGAGCAAACCUCCAUCGCCAAUUAUUGCUAACCCUACCCCAGCAAUGCUACAGAUUCUAUCAAAGAAGAAGGAAAAUAUUCGGUCUCCGAUAAAGCAGAAAGGAAUGCAGCCAGAGGGUACGAAUGAACUAACUCCUGCAAUGAAGGAAAUAAUGAUGCGAAAAAAGAAAGUUGCUGUAUCAGCUUUGAAGACGAAUACUAGACCAGCAACUGGUGGUGCUUCAAUUGUAACUGCAAGUACUCGUACUCGUCGCAAUAACAAGUAAAUAAAUAGUAAACCUGCUCGUCCUAGGGGAAUACUUACUAAAUACUGUUGUGGUGUAAUGAAUUUCCUCUAGACUCAUUUAAAAAUGAAAAUGUAAAGUGUGCUGGAUGAAAAUUGAGAUGUGUUGUAUUUGCACAUUUGUAAUAAUUAUAAAACUAAUUAUACUUUCGAGACUCGGAAACACAAAGACUGCUUUCUCAUCACCUAUUGUAUGUAAUGUGUCCAUCGUUUAAUUUGACAACUAGUUGGCAUUUAAAAGUAUUUCAUUCUGUGAAAACGUUAGGACGAAUUACUCUUAGGUUAAGCCUGAAUAAAUAUACCUAUAUAAGUUAUUAUGGGAUGGUUACAA